AAAUAUUCAUUCGCACAGACAACAUGGCCGCAAUGGAGUCAUAGCAAUUGAUGAUGUUUUGCAAACUUUGCUUGUAUCUCUUUCUAAACUUAUUCGUUCUUUCCGAUGUGUUCAUGGAAGCAUCGUACCACAUUAUCGAAAGACUCCCAUCUGUAAUUGAAGGAGACAUAGGUUCCAGACUGACCCUCCACUGCAACGUAACAAGCCGUCAGCAAAUACCCAGGAGGAUUGUGUGGAAAAAAGACGGGAAGAUCUUGGGGCCGGACCUCAGUUGGACGCUUUACGAGCAUCGGGGUGUGCUCGUGUCGCAUUCGUUACUCGAAUCGGAUGCUGGAAAUUACACGUGUUGUCUCGACAAUCAGCAGUUACACGUCGACAAGUACAGCGCCCAGCUAGUGAUCAAGACACCACCAGCCAGGCUAAGCAACGUGACUGUGCACCCAUCGACUGUGGUUGCAACUGUGCGUUGGCACGUCACAAAAGACGGUGGCUACCCAAUCUCGCAUUUCACACUCCUGUACCAGGCAACGGAUUACUUUGGAAACACUUCAGAGAUUCAUCAUCACGUCCAUCUUCCAGUCCACAUAAGCCCCGCAGCGAGGCAGUUCUUUGUAUAUCACCUGCAGCCAGCUACCCCAUAUAUGUUCCGAAUGUGGGCCACAAACAAACUAGGUCCCGGAGAGGCGACCACGGUAUUUGCUUCUACCUCAAAGCCUAUUGACCCCACAGAAGUGGUGCAGAAGAUGUUCUCAGCGGAUGAGGACUUCAGCUCAACAGCUUGGAUGGUUGCAGUUUCCAUGGUGAUGGGCACCAUACUCAUCUUAUCCUGCCUCAGUUGUCUCCUCAUUUAUAAAGAAGGACAUCACGAUGAACUUUCGGACGACAUGGAAGAGGAGUCCAACGUGCCACACAUCAUCGCAAACCCAGGUUUUGAAGUGGACCUGGAGGAAAGCUAUCUACUAGACCAUCCCGAUCUCAAUGACAACAACGAGAGAGCAAUCCGGACCAACAACAAUUCUGUGGUGCGGCCAUCCCACAUCUGAGUGAAUCCCGUGCCGAAUCACGAACAAGCACAAAAUCUUUUUUUAGACGUGAUACGAUUGCGGAUGGCGGACAGACUUUGUUGUCCGUAUGUCAGCAGUGUUGAUUGCUUUCGUUAGUCCAAUCUUUGUUUUGUUUUUGUUAAAUUGUGAAGGUGGCGCCAGUGUAGGAUGCAUUAUCGACAUCACACUGCUCUCGUCGUCUGCUUCCUUCAUGCCUGUUCGAAGGACUAACCUCUCGUGGUGUAAUUUUUUCAGCUGUUGGUACGUGAGUGGCUAGAGGUUGAUUGCUCAUAGUUGAGUUCUUCCAGGAUUGCAGUAGUCUUGGAUUUCAGGGUUAAGGCAUAAAGAGGAUCAAUUUCAUGAACAUUUUGAGAGGGAAAUGGCGAGAGUAGCAUUCUUGCAACAUUGUCUUUUUUCGGUGCAGUAAAGAUGUUCCUUAAUGCAUGCAUAGAGUUGCAGGACAAUUAGUGUGCAGUGCUCUUUGUCUGACGGAUUCAUAGUUAGAAGAUGAUUUUGAUAAAGCUUAGCCACUUCAUGGUCAUGUUCUGUGGUGCAGCAGUGCUGAGCAGUAGCCUUCUACGUAUAUGGAAGAGAGAAGUGCAUGUCGCUAUAAAACGAAUAAGUAUCCUCAGUGCAAGGGAAACAUAUGGAUGAAGAACAAAACGACACAAACACUACACUGAACUGUCAGCCAAAUGUUUAUUUUUGAGAAAACAUCUCCUUUUAAAGGUUGUCACGCUUUCCCACAAUGCCAAGAGAUUCCUUUCACCUACCUGGAACCCGUUUACUUUUGCGUGAGGAAUUUAUCUAUCUUGUCCGAUAGCCAAACGGAUGAUUUACUUGCGCACAUUUCACCUGCUUUUUUUUUUAUCUCCCUGGCUUCUAGAUAUAAUAACGCUCCUUGCUUUCUGCUCCUGUGUAACACCUUUGUUUUGUUUUCGUCUUUUUUUUUUGUUUGUUUCCCAUGCAUUGGGGAUUUUUAUUCGUUUUAAUCAGGAACCAACCUGGCCAAUUUUUAACCAUCUUCAGUUUAUUGUCAUGUCACUCAUGCAGGAGAGUGAGCACCUGUACCGUUUGCCAGUUCAGUAUUUCAUUUGUGUGCAGAUGAACUGUUGUCCUCAUUGCAGGAACAAUGAGUGCACUAACUAAAAGUUUCAGACAUGACGUAUUGGGUUAAACUUUACUGCCAAAAAAAUCUGAGGGGGCAUUGUACAUGCACGUGAUGAUGUGUCACCUUAUUUGGGAAAACGAUUUGCCAUUUUGGUACCAAAGAAAAAGCACCAGUUCUGAACAGGUCAUUUUCGUUAGGGACAUUUCAUUGGACGUGCAAAACAUGCAAAUUAUACUACUUACGUAAACAUUCCUGUCGUAAUUCAGUGAAGUACCUUCCAUUUUGCAUUUCCGUGUUUAGUGUGCUUCACCGAUGCCAUAAGUCACGAAUGUGAAUUUAUGAUAAGUUAUGACUGUAAAUACUUACGGUCAUUACUUUUACUAACUUGUAGUUGUUUUUACUUGCCCAGUGAUUACCAUCACGAGGGCUGGAUUGUUUUCGAAAACAUUUAUUCUCGACUUUGUAGACGCGAAAAAGUGCCACAAGUUCUUUGUGCAGUUGUGUACGGUAGUGCUUGUUUGUUGUCGAGUGGCAUUCUCAUUCAGACUUUUACUCGUUGUUUUACUAUCCAAUUUAUUAGUACCUGUGCAGCAUUCCAUUACGCUGGCAAUGAAGGCAUUUAAGGCUGGUAAUUUGAAUGCACGUAUGACACCACAGUGUAACUGUCACUUGCAUGUGAACCAAAUACACUCAGAGAGCAUGGAAAAUGUCAACAGGGAGCCAUACAUACCUUGGCAUACAACUUUCCUUUCGCUGGAACAUUUUGAAGAUUACACAAAUGUUUCAGAGCUCGAGGCAUUUCUGUUCAGUACUAACUUUACCAUUAGUUGCCUUAUUACACUGAGAUGUAAUUGCAUUGGUGCAUGUGCUAUGCAUGCACGUGUACUUAAGCGUUGCUCAUGCACUUGUAAUAUUUUGUCACCGCAUAGUUUCCACACUAGAGAAAAGCAGUGCUACUUUCAGCAUCACACUUUUUCAUAGUGCAGAAGCUUGAGCCUUGGCGCAUAACAGAAGGACAGCUCCAACGCAAGACUCAAACCAGCAAGGCUCGAUUUCCAAACCACAUGUCAAUGUCAUACAUGACAUGACAACAUCAGUUUCGGUUUGCACAAAUGUGAUCUUCUCCGAGAGUUUUGCACGCGUUGUUGCACAACUAGGAUGACUGGAUCAUGCCGAUAACUGCCUUGUGCAACUAUUCAAUAUAAUUUCUGCACCAAGCCCUUUUAGAUCGAAGAGGCCUAUAACUACUGUGGUAAUUGCCACGAAGACUUUGUCCAGUGCAAGUUCCAAUUGUGUGCAGGGUACACUAAAUAAUGCCACAUGAAGGAAAACUUUUCAGUGUUUGAAACUUUUGAGUGUGCUUUUUGAAACAAAAAUAUUCAGCAAAUAAGUUUGCUUCGUAAAUUAGGGUUUACCACAUAAGAAAAUCAAGGGCCGGUCACACCGUUCUAGACAUGGGGGGUGGUGCACAUAAAGUCGUGCUACCAACAUUGAGUCCGGUCUCAGCUUCACGUUGAGAGAGAGAACUCUUGAUCAUCUUGUUUGGGGAAUUAUGGUCACAGAAUGACUGCAGCCUUGGGUAUUUAUGAGGACUUAUUGAUACACUAUGUUUGUGUUUCGUAGUGCCAUAUUUUUGCUACCUUAGCACUCACACAGAGGCCACCUACCAUCAGUCAGGUUGUGAUGUCAGUUUCAUUGUAGAGUCAUCAAACAAUGUGACGGAGCGUUUCUGUCAUUUUUGAAUGCCACACUGCACAUUGCUGUUAUGUAUUUGUGGAACAAAAUGUGUCUUGUACUAGACCCUGAGAAGGAGGCCCAUCUUUAUUAUGUGCUUUCACAACGAAUUAAUUUGAAAUACUCAUUUAUAAUUUUUGCUUUUCCUUUUUUAUGUUUUGUUUUUGGGGAGGUAUUGAACCAUUCCAGCUUGUGUAUGUCCUCAUUUGAAUGUGUAACUCAAACAUAGCACCCAUGUUCCCUAGCAGUAAAAAAAAAAAAACGUGUUUGCCAUACUGCCUUCACACAAUACACAGGUUCUGUUGCUUCCUGUAACGCUUUGUGACUUUCACAACAAUUAGUGUACAUCAGUACGUGGUCAUAGUUGUCCAGUGUGCUUUCGUUACGAAACCUCUACGGACUUACGACUACUCAGAGAGGAACUCAGUUCAAUAGAGCGAAAAAAAAAAAAAAACUUUUUAAGCUGUACUGUUGUUUAACUGGUAACAAUAUUGGUUACAGACCAGUACGGUUUAACUGGUCUGUCGAAGAGCUUCAGAUGGGACGUCACCACAUGUGACUGAACAGCCACUGAGGUAGGCCCUCAGCAAAGCUCCCACCGAGACCCCUCCUCAAACUGUGUCUCAGUACGCCAAAAGCAUAGUGGUAGUCGGGUAUCUAUGCUCUCUGAAGCACAAGGGAAAGUGACGUACGUGUUUGUGUACUUGCUGAAGCACGCAAUAAUCCUCAAUCAAACAUCUUUGUGUGCAUACAACUAUGUUGACUAUGGUUUGCGUGAACUGCAUCGUAUAAGUAGUACUUGGGUCAAGUCAUUGCAGUGCUUGUAAUCGUACAUGUUGAGAGAGUGCCAUACAAUUCUUACAUGCGGACAUGUGUGGUUUUGCCAUUUUUAUCAUGCACUCAAUACCUUUGGCAGGUCUUUUGUAGAAUUAAGUUUUCUUUUCUACAAAAUGUUGGUCAAGUCUUGAGGGCAGUGUUUUUGUUUGUGGCGUAGAGCGGUUAGAAACUGGACUGCAGAAUGUGUUGUAAUAAAAUAAUUUGAUAUUUA